CUGAAGUACCUUCAUUCUGCCUCCAUCCUCCACCGUGAUAUCAAGCCUGGAAACUUACUCGUCAACUCUGACUGCGUGCUGAAGAUCUGUGAUUUUGGACUGGCGCGAGUGGAGGAGCCGGAUGAAGACGUCGCCAUGACACAAGAGGUGGUGACGCAGUAUUACCGAGCACCGGAGUUGCUUAUGGGGGCCCGGCAUUAUGGACAAGCCGUGGAUAUUUGGUCCGUCGGAUGCAUUUUCGCAGAGCUUCUGGGCCGUCGCAUUUUGUUCCAGGCGCAGACUCCUAUCCAGCAGCUGGACAUGAUAACAGACUUGCUGGGCACCCCGUCAGCCGAGGAGAUGAAGCACGCUUGUGAAGGCGCCCGGCUGCACAUGAGACGCAAUGGGCACAAGCCACCAGCCCUGACUGCCCUCUACACCUUGUCUCCGCAAGCAACCCACGAAGCUGUCUACCUGCUCUCCCAAAUGCUAGUCUUCGACCCGGUAUGUUUCCACGAAUCAUCUCGAUGUCGUAUCAAGAAAAAAAACAUGAGCAAAAUCAACCCCGCGAUCGGACCGUAUUUAUAUACAAAACCGACAAAUAAUUCCGCUACAAAUUUUUGGAAGCGUGGAAAAGGUUUUUUUUUGUGCACUUAUUACUCACGCACCUACACCAAAGUCCUAUUCUCCAUCUCAUGCGCCGAGGCGCUGCGGCACCCGUAUUUGGACGAAGGCCGGCUGAGGUACCACUCGUGCAUGUGCAAGUGUUGCCAUCCGACGACGUGCGGCGGAAGGCAGUACACGGACGACUUCGAGCCCGUCGCCCCGCAGCACUUCGACAGCUCCUGGGAGAAGGAGCUCACGACUACUCAAGUUGUCAAAGAACGAAUGCACAAGUACGUGCUGGAUAGACUCAACAAUGGCAGAGUGCCGCUGUGCAUCAACCCGCAGUCUGCCGCCUUCAAGUCGUUCGCGAGCUCGACCGUCGCGCAGCCGUCGGAACUACCUCCGAGCCCGCACCACUGGGAGUGACACCUACCCGACGAAAGCCUCCUUCUCCUCUGUGAUACUAACCCCUCUCGUUGGGGUAUUUUCAGAAGUCUGCGAGUUGGCCAUGAUGAGCAAACGAGUUCUUCCCUGUCGUGCGCCGGAGAUGGUCCAUAUUUUACUCGGUGUUCUGUAAGUCUCCAUGCCUCGGUUAGGAUGUGAAGCACUGACGAAAGAAAAGAGAGAACUAUUUGUUGAAGCACGAGCAUGAAAGGAAAAAAGAAAAAGCGAGAAAAAAAGUGGCUCUCCCUUGUGAAAAAGGAAAGGAAGAAUCGGAAGAGUUCAGAGUGUGGAAGAAGAAGAAGAAGAAGAAUGGCGUGAUUCAGGAAUACGGGUUAGUCGCGUUAGUUCAUCAGUUUGUGAUCCCCCGUCUGCUUUCGGUUUGCGCUUGCCGCGGUCAAGUGUUUCGCUUGUAUUACGAUACUUUUUUUGUGUGUGUCAAACGAUUCGAAUGAGGGCAAAAGGAAAGGGAGAAUACGUGCGCGGCGGGAAGUUUAGGUCACUCUUUGAAAAUGUGAAUCCUUCGACCCGAUGUUCUUCAUCAGUAUGGAAUUUUUGAAGAUAGGAAACAAACGUGCGAGAAGUUGUAUCUGGUUUCUCCGCGCGAAUUACCCUCUUCUUGAUUACUCUAACUCUUUUUAAACCUUCUUUUCCGCCCAGUGGGAGAAUAGUUGAGAAGUGCUGCCCAAAUCAGAUUAGGCCGAAUGCCGCAUUACAGAAUUGGAGAGAGUCCUUGAGGCCGCGAUCGAAAUUGUCCCCCUUUUCAAUGAAAAGCUUCGAAUUUGUUUCAGUGCUAUGCAUUGAAUCACAAGCAUGGUCUUGUAGUAUUUUUGAAUAAUGGCGGCUGCAACCGUGAAAAUUAUAGACUGUGGAAUGGAUGAAGUUUAUCUGUUGGGCAGCGCUGUCGUAGAGGCUGAAUAAUUCUCCGCAUCGAAAAAUGUAGUGAUCCGUCCACGUGAUCCGAGCAUCUGGAGUUCUAGACUAGACUAUCAAAAAUUUUCAAGUACCCACGUUUCCUGUUGGAGUCGUUCCGCUUCCGGCGGAAACUAGAAAAAACCCUGGUAUUUUUGUUUCCUCUGUUUGAAGCGAACUCUCCGUUGACUCUCGAAUGUAAUCCGCGAAGGUCGAGGGAAGUUGGAAAGAGGAAGUCGACCGGGGACAAGAGUGACCAUUCUUGAAUUGCUGAGUGCCUUCGACAAGGCAUCGGACUGCGCAUUUUUUAUCUGAAGAUGGGGUUGAACAUUCUGGCGCGAAGGUCAGGCUGAAACGACGCUCGUGAUCGGAUGGAAGGACGUUUUCAAUUGAAACUUGAUUCUCGCUGCCGUCUCUUCGCUUCUUGUGGGGUUUUUUUUUCUCGUUAUUUCUUGUCGAGACCACUUGCAAUUUUUUUUUCAGGAUGUGCAUCGUGUUGGAACGAGGUCAUGUCUCGACGAAAAAAAAUUAUUAGGUGGACUAGUGUGAUAUCUGCCGCACUCCUGCAUGCACCAGUGUGUUGUCUACUGUACUGCAGAACCUGCAAAUUUUACCCUUCGAAAUGCCCGAUUCACAUCAGAGUUCCUCUGGACCAGUGCUGCCCAACUUAGAUGUGGCCAAGGGCCAUAUUAGUACUACAUUUGCUUGUUGCCUAGGGCCACAUUGCAGAGGUGGAGAGUCUUCGUGAGCCGCGAGAGAUAAUAAUUCUUGAGGUUCCGAAUUUUCCCUUAUUCAAUGGACAGUUUCAAAUUUAAUUCAGUGCUAUGAAUUGUAUCACAGGCAUAGUUUUUGUAUAAUUUUUUAAGGGUGGAGCAACAUUUUUAAUUUUAAAAUUAAUCUUUCAACAUACCGUAUAUUUUAGAUAGCGAUGGCUGAAAAUCGUAGGGAAUGAACUGCACGAUGGAUGAACAGUAUCCGUGGGCCAUGUUCGGACAUUUGAGUGCUUCCUUUGGCUUAUUUCCUGUCCUCUAAUUUGUUCAGGGAUGUAAAUGGCAAGAGGGAGUUCUUUCUCAUGUUAGAGCUGUCUGUACAGUAUUGAAAUUGAGUGCUUCUUCUUAAUUUUCCAAGUGGACAAAGUGGCAAGAGCAAAGCUAUUUUGUGUUAAAUUUAGAUUUCUGAUGGUAAAGAACAAGUGUUCCUCCUGUGUAAUGUUAUUACAGUUCGACCUUGAUAACUUGAACCUCACCUCUUGUAGUCAAAUCCUUUUUCAAGUCCCUGUCUGAAUUCCCCCAUAAACAAUUCAUUAAAAACCUCUAACUUGACGGCAUUUCCUCUCAAGCCUUGACAGUUUGAAUUUUCUGAGGCAUCAUUUUAUUGGUACAGGAAAGAGAAAAGCAGUAGAAAAGAAACUUGUUUUUGAAAGGAAAUGGAAGACCAAUUGGGCAAAUGAACCCUUGUCUCCAAGUUCAGCAUCCUGUCAACUCAUUCAAGAAGCAAUUGAAGGCCCAGAAUAUCACCGUUUAUAAUUUCCUGCAAUCCUUCAAUGUAAAUGUUGUUUUGCCAACUGAAUAAAGGCAUACCCAAGAAAGAUUGCACCACAACUUUUAGUCCCAAUUUUUGGAUAAAAAGGUGUGCUUGGUACAGUACUUGCAUAAAAUACAGCACUGUACAGUAUGCUCUGUUUUGCAGUUUUAGAGAAACCAUCAGAUUUGCAAAAUGUAGAGGGUGUUAUUCAGUUUGUUGAAAAGUAUGUCACCAUAAGUUGUCAGCAUACUUCUGACUGGAAAGUCCUCCUGCAGAUGGCAUAUUGGUGCAUGUGUGUGAGUGUAUACUUUAUCUAGAAAUCUGGAUUCACUUCAUGGCAGGUGACACGCUUGACCAGUUUUUAUGCCUAGAGAGAAAUACUGUACACUUGAUGUUUUCUCUCGGACAAUCGCAAGACGGACGUAGGCUUAGGAUCACAAAUGUUUUGUGAACCAUCAGCUCUCGCAUUUCCAUGAUCCAAGUCGCUCUUUUCGAGCUCGUUGCCUGAACAAGGCACUAAAGUUGAUGAUCAUCAUGCGGAAGCAUGUUUCGAGUCCAUCCGCUGUGAGAAGAAUAUUUUAAUUUUAGAAGCGCCAUCUGUCCGUGUCGGUCAGGGGUUUUUUGUGUGUUUUUGUUUUUUAAAUGAAAAAAAUUCGAUGUCCGGCGGAGUGGAAAAAAAAAAACCUUGCUGCAAAAGGAUGGGAGGAGUUAAUGUCUCCGAUUUUCUGAUGCUGACCGGGCGAUUGGUCAACUUGCAAAACUUUUGGAAAUACCCUCGUACAUACAUGUUAAACCGUCUCGUGUGCGUGGCAUUACUUCGAACCCUCAUCAUCGCCUCUGUUUCGUGUGACCGUUGUGAAAAUACAAAAAGUACGAAGUGAGAGGAGCCAAAGAAGGGCGUGUAAUCAAGUCGUGUAAAUUCCGUGUCAGAGGUUUUUUGGCUGGCAAAUUUUUCGUGUUGCACAAGUAGGUUCUUUUCCGUUGGUUCGUGCGUCCGUUCGUUUGUUUGUUUGUUUGUUUGUUUGGUUUUUUUUUCGGUGGGAUCAAGAAAAAGGUUUUUUGGCUCUCGUUUCCGACUGGUGUGAGAUAUUUCAUUUUUUAUGCUGUAUUCGUUGUCCCUUACCGACGUUUAUAUCUUGAACGCGAGCAAUGAAGCACUUUUGAUAUGCUCUUUGAAA